CCUCGGGCCCUCGUGGCCCCUCUCGACAACCUGUUAACAGUGCAAUGGAUCGACACCAACCCUAAAACCCUUUGAAGGGCAACGUCACCUCCCAGGCAGAAACAAUCCGGAUUCUGGCAGCUACUGCAGUGCUCUGCUGCUGCUGCUGGUGUGUUUUGUGCUGCACACGCGCCCGCCCAUGCAUUUUCCACCUCCAUCGACACCAUGCUGGCUUGGUCAGAGCCCAAGCUGCUGCUAUCGCAGAAGAUGAGUCUUUUGACGACUCUGUUCAACCCGCGCAAUUUCCGGCUCGUCAUCGCCGCUAUCGCGACGACAUGCAUCCUCUUCGUGCUCCUGUUCUUCCCGCGGGGCUCCGCCGCUUCUUUAGACAUGACCCGAUUUCCCGACCUCAAAACCACCCAACCCCCCAUUACCGCGACAGAGACCACCCACGCUAACCUCACAACCGCCGAAGUCACUCUCCUCACCGACCUGACGCAGUACUUCACUGACUACCCGAUCGAGAAGCCCUUCAAAGAGCGAUACGGUGAGCUGGGCCGCCGUCUACGCAUCGUGCGGGACUGGCUGACACUGGCGCAAACCACCAACAACCCGACCACGCGAGCGCUUUACCAGGAUGCCAUCGAACAAGUCGUCGCCACGCAAUUCCCCUUCCUCACGCACCCUUCCCACCCGGCCACCACCACGCACCCGCUCGCGACCCUCCGCGCGAGCUUCACCGCGCCAAGUGCCGGGAUCGUCAUUCCCACCAGCGACAAAACCGUGCGGUACGCGGCUCAUUUGAUCGGGGCCCUCCGCUCGGUGCUCAACUCCACGCUUCCGAUCCAGGUCGUCUACGCAGGGGACAGCGACCUCGCCGCGCGGAACCGCGACCUACUCGCCAGCUUAGCGGGCCCAUCGCCGACGGCCCCCACCAUCGAAUUCCUCGACAUUCUGACGGUGUUCGACGACGCCACCCUCCAGCUUCAGACCGGAGGGUGGGCGAUCAAGGCGUUCGCGGCGCUAGCCUCGCGGUUCGAGACGGUGAUCCUCGCGGACGCGGACGCGGUUUUCUUCCAGCAACCCGAAGUGCUGCUGGAGCACGAGGCAUUCGUCCAGCGCGGGGCGCUGCUGUUCCAUGACCGGCUCCUGUGGCAGUAUGCGUUCGAGGAACGACAUCAGUGGUGGCAUUCGCAGAUCCGGCGGCCGAGCGCGGUCAUGAACGACUCGCGCGUAUGGGUGGAGAAGUACGCCGAGGAAGGGGACUCCGGGCUGGUCGUGCUCAACAAAGGACGCGCGGAGAUUUUGGUCGGGCUGCUGCACGUCUGCUGGCAGAACUCGUACGAGGUGCGCGAGGAGACAACGUACAAAAUCACGUAUGGCGAUAAGGAGAGCUGGUGGUUUGGGUUGGAGCUGGCGGGGGCGGAGUAUGAGUUCUCGCGGCAUUACGGGGGCAUUGUGGGGUGGGAGAGCCCGGUCGAGCGGGGCGCUCAGAAUGUGGUGGAUGGGGUGUGCAGUUUUGUGAUCGCGCAUGUGGAUGCGCGGGAUCGCUUGCUGUGGUGGAAUGGGAGUUUGCUGAAGAAUAAGGGCCAGCUCGGGAUGGAGAAUGAGUAUCAGGUGCCGGAGAAGUGGAUGAUUGAUGCGGAGUGGGUCAAGGGGGCGAGGAAGCAGGAUGCGAGUUGUAUGGUGAAUGGGGUUAUUCGAGAUUUGACGGGGGAGGAGAAGAGGGUCUUAGAGCGGUCGAUUGAGUUGGCCCAGUCGCUGGAUAAGUUGGUACAGCUGGGAUGAGUGGCUUCAAAACGGCCCCCUGGAAGUUGACUGGAACUGUCUCGACUGCCGCUUGCAUGCUACAUCUCCAUCCAACUGCGUGUUGUUGGAAUGCGGGAAUGAACGCCAUACAUACACAACAACUUUGUACAUACAUAUGAUAUCCGAAUCAAUAGUGGUCUAAAUACCCAUGCUCAUCCGCA